GCUCAACUUUGACCGCCAUAAGAAGCGGGGUUUGAGAAAAUCAUAAUUGCUGCUCCUGCUUUCUUGGGCACUAAAGCCAGCCAGAGCCAGGGUUCUUGGUCCGUUGUGCUUCAAGAUUCUUGCUUUCUCCAAUCAAAACCCUCUCAUUUACUCACUUUGAUUACACCCCUUCCCAUUUAUUCGAAUGCAAAUUUAUCUGGGAUUCUUCUGACUAUAUGUGUUGGAUCGAGUAAAGCUUAUUAUUUUACUCCCUUGGUCUCUAAAUACUUGUAGUUUUCUGUACGCCGCUUUUCAUUGAUACUGAGUAAUCGGUGAAAUUUUGGUGGUUUUGGGUGAGGGCCGAGAAUUUGCUAUGUGGUGAGAAAUGAGGGGUUGGUUCAUUAAGAGAUGGGUUGUGCUUUUGGGAAAGAGAUUUCGUCGCCAGGGCCACCUACUGGUGAUUUUGUAGUUGGGAAGGAGGGAAGCACGGUUGGAGGCAGAGAUGUGUCAUUGAAUUCAGGGAGGAGAGAUAAGGUAGUAGUAAAUAAGGAGGGUGAUAGUGGCGGUGAAGUUGAGAAUGGUGGGGACAAGAAAGAGGAGGACGGAAUUGUGAAGCAAUCGAGAAACGAGAAGAGGAGGUCUAAGCUGAAUCCCAGGUUGAGUAACCCCCCUAAACAUGUUCAUGGUGAGCAAGUUGCUGCUGGAUGGCCUUCUUGGCUCGUGGCGGUUGCAGGUGAGGCUCUCAGUGGCUGGACUCCCCGUCGGGCUGAUACAUUCGAAAAGCUUGAUAAGAUUGGGCAAGGUACCUAUAGUAAUGUGUAUAAAGCUAGAGAUACUGAAACGGGGAAGAUUGUUGCGUUGAAGAAAGUUAGAUUUGAUAACUUAGAGCCUGAGAGUGUGAGGUUUAUGGCUAGGGAGAUUUUGAUUUUGCGCCGCUUGGAUCAUCCAAAUGUUAGGGAAAUUUUGAUUCUGCGCCGCUUGGAUCAUCCAAAUGUUGUGAAAUUACAAGGUUUAGUGACAUCAAGGAUGUCAUGUAGUUUGUAUCUAGUGUUUGAUUAUAUGGAGCAUGACUUGGCCGGCCUUUCUUCGAGCCCUGGCAUAAAGUUUACAGAGCCUCAGGUUAAAUGCUAUGUACGUCAGCUGUUGUCUGGCCUUGAACACUGCCACAAACGCAACGUAUUGCAUCGUGAUAUAAAAGGUUCCAAUCUCCUAAUUGAUGAUGGAGGAGUUCUUAAGAUUGCUGAUUUUGGAUUGGCGUCCUUCUUUGACCCUAAUAACAAGCAGCCCAUGACUAAUCGUGUGGUUACUCUGUGGUAUAGACCACCUGAGCUGCUUCUCGGUGCCACUGACUAUGGUGUAGGCGUGGACUUGUGGAGUGCUGGGUGCAUUUUAGCUGAGUUAUUUGCUGGGAAGCCCAUUAUGACUGGGCGAACAGAGGUGGAACAACUGCACAGGAUUUUUAAGUUAUGUGGUUCCCCAUCUGAAGAAUAUUGGAAAAAGUCAAAGCUGCCUCAUGCAACAAUAUUCAAGCCACAACAAGCAUACAAAAGGCGUAUAGCAGAGGCAUUUAAGGAUUUCCCACUGUCAUCCUUGCCUUUAAUUGAGACUCUACUUGCAAUUGAUCCGGCUGAGCGUCAAACUGCUACAGCUGCUUUAACAAGUGAAUUCUUCACAACCAAGCCUUAUGCCUGUGAUCCUUCCAGCCUUCCAAAGUAUCCACCGAGUAAGGAGAUGGAUGCUAAGCGUAGGGAUGAAGAAGCCAGAAGGUUGAGAAACACUGGUAAAAGGCAAGCUGGUGUGAAGAAAACACGGACACGUGAGCGAGCAAUGAAGCCAAUGCCUGGCCCUGAAGCCAAUGCUGAGCUGCGAGCCAAUCUUGAUAGACGUCGUCUAAUCAACCAUGCAAAUGCAAAGAGCAAAAGUGAAAAAUUUCCUCCUCCACAUGAGGAUGGAGGGCUUGGUUAUACAUUGGGCUCUCCACAUCACAUUGAUGCAGCCUUUGAUCCUCCUGAUGUCCCGUUCAGUUCCAUGAACUUCUCUUAUUCCAAAGAACCUAUUCAGACAUGGUCUGGCCCAUUGGUUGACCCUGCUGGUGUCGGUGCUCCACGAAAGUCAAAGCCUUCGAAGAAGGAUUACCGGACAGAUAAGAGUUAUGUUUUAAAUAAGGCAGAAAGAUGAUAUGAAAUAUAGUGCUAUGCUGCGCUUCUGCUAUAUCUACAUAGAAGCGACAGCAUUGCGGAAUCUACAUACAAUAUCGGAGCUUGGAAACUAUCAAUUGUUUGAGAGAGAAAAGAGCUUAUAUUUCUCCAACAUUUUUUUUGGACCACGAGUCUUUCAAGGUUUUGUAUAUGCUAUAACUUGCUUCUCCUUCAACUGUAAGUUCGAUUAAAGGAACAUUACCAUAUCAACCAAACUGUAUACAGAGCAGCCUGAUUAUUGCACCAUUAAGGCUAUUAGUUUUGCCUUUUUAAGUCUGAACGAGCCUUUACUUUUCAACUGGCGCUUGUGUUCCUUGUCAGAAAGCUAAUAUAUGUCUCUUUGUA